AUGCAAAUUUUCGUCAAAACUCUUACUGGUAAAACAAUCACAUUGGAAGUUGAACCAAGUGAUACAAUUGAAAAUGUUAAAGCAAAAAUUCAAGAUAAAGAAGGUAUCCCACCUGACCAACAACGUCUCAUUUUUGCUGGUAAACAACUUGAAGAUGGUCGUACAUUAAGCGACUAUAACAUUCAAAAAGAAAGUACUCUCCAUCUUGUACUUCGAUUACGUGGUGGUAUGCAAAUAUUCGUCAAAACUUUAACUGGUAAAACAAUCACCUUAGAAGUUGAACCAAGUGACACCAUCGAAAAUGUUAAAGCCAAAAUUCAAGACAAAGAAGGUAUUCCACCUGAUCAACAACGGUUAAUCUUUGCUGGUAAACAACUCGAAGACGGUCGUACACUCAGCGACUAUAACAUCCAAAAAGAAAGUACACUUCAUCUUGUACUUCGACUUCGAGGUGGUAUGCAAAUAUUCGUUAAAACACUUACUGGUAAAACAAUCACAUUAGAAGUCGAACCAAGUGACACCAUCGAAAAUGUUAAAGCUAAAAUUCAAGAUAAAGAAGGUAUCCCACCUGAUCAACAACGUCUUAUUUUUGCUGGUAAACAACUCGAAGACGGUCGUACACUCAGCGACUAUAACAUUCAAAAAGAAAGUACAUUACAUUUAGUUCUUCGAUUACGUGGUGGUAUGCAAAUAUUCGUUAAAACUUUAACUGGCAAAACAAUUACACUUGAAGUCGAACCAAGUGAUACCAUCGAGAAUGUUAAAGCCAAAAUUCAAGACAAAGAAGGCAUUCCACCUGAUCAACAACGUCUUAUUUUUGCUGGUAAACAACUCGAAGACGGUCGUACACUUAGUGACUAUAACAUCCAAAAAGAAAGUACUCUCCAUCUUGUACUUCGACUUCGAGGUGGUAUGCAAAUAUUCGUGAAAACACUUACCGGCAAAACAAUUACACUUGAAGUUGAACCAAGUGAUACCAUC